AUGCUGGCUUGGGCGUCCCAGAACCUUCUCUUGCUGCUGUUGGUGGGGAUCCUGCCUCUGACAGAGGUGAGGGCAGGGUCACAUUCCCUGAAUUACUUCGAAGCCAUCAUGUCCUGGCCCGGCCUCAGGGAGCCUCAUUUCAUUUCUAUGGGCUACGUGGAUGAUACGCAGUUCGUUCGCUUCGACAGCAGUGCUGAGAACCCGAGGGUGGAGUCCCAGUUGCCCUGGAUGCAGCAGGUGAAGCAGGAGUACUGGGACGAGGAAACACAGGAUGCCAAGAAGAGCGCACAGAUUUACAGCCAGAACCUGAAAAACCUGCGCGGCUACUACAACCAGAGCGAGGCCGGCUUUCACACUAUCCAGCACAUGUACGGCUGCGAGGUCGGGACGGACGGGCGCCUCCUCCUUGGGUAUGAGCAGCAUGCCUAUGAUGGCGCUGACUACAUCUCUCUGAAUGAGGACUUGCGCUCCUGGACCGCGGCUGACAUGGCGGCUCAGAUCAGCAAACGCAAGCUGGAGGCAACAGGUGAAGCUGAGCGCCAAAGGAACUACCUGGAGGGCGAGUGCAUGAAGUGGCUGCACAGAUACCUGGAGAUGGGGCAGGAGAUGUUGCAACGUGCAGACCCACCCACAGCUCACGUGACACACCACUCUGAUUCUGACCAGAAGGUCAUCCUGAGGUGCUGGGCCCUGGGCUUCUACCCAAAGGACAUCACACUGACCUGGCACCGAGAUGGGGAGGACCUGACCCAGGACACAGACCUGAUAGAGACCAGACCUGCAGGGGAUGGAACCUUCCAGAAGUGGACAGCUGUACUGGUAGCUUCUGGAGAAGAGCAGAGAUACACUUGCCAUGUGGAACAUGAGGGGCUGCCUGAGCCCCUCACCCUUAGAUGGGAGCCUCCUCAGUACACAGUGCCCGUGUGGAGAGUUGUUGCUGGCCUGGUCCUCCUGGCAGCUGUGCUCAUUGGAGCUGUGGUACUUGCUGCUGUGAUGAUUAUGAGGAGGAGGAAGAGCAAGAACUCAGGUUGGCACCUUCUUGAUUUAGUUGUUUUAGUUGACCUUGGUGGAGCCAUCUAG